CUCUGUGCAGCCGGUAGCGUCCGUCACUCCAAAAUCCCUAAGCGUGUGUUUAUUUGUGUGUGUAUGGACUUCAAAAUACACAAAUAAUGUCACACGCCGCUGUGUAGGAAUUUAGAUAGGCAAAGGUUAGAGCGGCACUGAAUCAAGAUUGUGGAGUUUCCAAUGCUGAGCCAUGGAUGAUGAGGACAGCCAGGACGAGAUGAUCAACAAGAACAUCUCUAACGGAAAGGGCAAAAGGCUCGCCACAUCUAUCCUCUCUGAUGAAGAGGAAGAUGGUGACGACUCAUACGAGGAUGAUACAGACAGUGAGGAGGAUGAUGAUUCCCAGGAUGGAGAAGAUGAAGGUGAUGAAAAAGAGGAAGAUGAGAGUGAUCAUGAAGAUGGUGAAAAGGAGGUGGAAGGAGCAGCAGGGACAGAACCAACUGAUCUUGGGCUGAGCUCAGACGAAGAUGCUGAGAAAUGCCCUAUCUGCCUCAACUCCUUCCAUGAACAACCAGUAGCCACGCCCCAGAACUGUGAACACUACUUCUGUCUGGACUGCAUUCUGGAGUGGGCCAAGAAUGCCAACUCUUGUCCCAUUGACCGCAUUGUCUUCAGUAACAUCCUACUGAGAAAAUGCUUUGGAGGAAAAGUCCAGAAGACGAUUACAGUUGAGAGGCCAGGGACAAAUGAACAAGAGGUGCAGGUGAAUAUGGAUCUGGACCAGACUAGCUGUGAGGUGUGUGGAGGGACAGACAGAGAAGAUCGCCUGCUGCUCUGUGACGGCUGUGAUGCUGGGUACCAUAUGGAGUGUUUGACACCUCCUUUGGAUGCAGUGCCUGUUGAGGAGUGGUUUUGCCCAGGAUGUUCACCAAACAGCAGAAGAUCUCAGCGGUCGAGUGAGGAGGACAGCAGUGUUCUUCCUACCACCAGUCGCUCUCGGUCGUCGGGCACCAGACCCACACGUGCAAUUGCACGGACGCAGCACAGCGAGAGGGUCCGGGCCAAUGUCAACAGACACCGCAUCACACAGGCACGCACGGCUGCACAGCUUGCGCCUCGGUACUUGAUGCAGUCCACUUGGCUGGAUGAGACCAUCAAUGCUGUAGUUGCUGGACUUAACACAGCUGUGUAUGUGAGAGACCUAACUCCCCGGCCAAGAGCUCGCAGGAGACGCAGGAAAGCACCAAGAAAGAAAACCUUGAAAGAUGGAAAGGAGAUUAAGGGUAAAACCUCAACCAUGAAGGGAAAACGGCGGAAACGUAGAGUGAGGAGAACAAAAUCAAGAAAAAAAGUGUUAGUGAAAAAGAAGACCACUCACGGGCGCCUUGCACAGAAUCUGGGCCUGAGGAAACCCAGCCGGAGUUCUGUUAUCCCAUCUGUGUACCGCCCAUGUGAGCAAACACUGGGGAGCAUGAGAGCAGACAUCGGGGCAGCCUCCCUCUCUAUUUAUGGAGACCCCUUUGACCUUGAUCCCAUUGAUGAUGGGGAUGAAGAGAUGGAGCAGGUUCCAGUUCAGCCCUCCUUGUUGGAAGCUAAACGGCGAGGUUUGUCCCGCUCUGCUCUGCGCUCACACCAGCCUGUGGCCAGACCCUUACUUGCUGGGUUGUCCAGACGAGGGCGUAGUAUUCCCCUGGUUGAGGAGGAUGACGUGGCUGCAGCAAACCCAGAUUUGCUGGGAAGUAUACUGAGUAGUCAAAGCUUAUUGCUGAUGGACAGCUCUGAUGUGGUUAUCAACAGGGAUGGCUCACUAACAGCCCCCAAACAUACCUCUUUGCCAUCUCCGAGAAGCAGCAUCGCAGAAAACUCUGGUUUAAAUCUGACACCUGACUUUAAUUCCAGCAGAGAGCCUGCACCUUCUUCCAGCCCUAUAACAAACUUAUCACAAAGCAUUGAACAGCCCACUCCAUCCCCAGUAAUACUUCCAACAUUAUGUCCACCCACUUUACAUGCACCUACAUCUGUUCCUGGACAUCCACGUCUAGUUUCACCUCUUCCACAUAGGCCUGCUACCACAACCUCUGCUGGAUCAGUACACAGUCAGUGGGGUACCUGUAGCAUCAGAGGCCAGUCGUCAGCAAGGGUUACAAAUGGAGCUUCUGACUCUCAUCUCGGGGAUAGGCAAAGGUCCACAAACGUCCCUGCAAAAAAGCCUCCUCCCAAGCCAGUAUGGGUGGACGUGUCUGUGUUGCCAAGGAUACCAAAGAUUAAGAGAGAAAACAGUUCUGGGGCUCAUGGCAGCACUGGGAGCAAUAACAACACCUUACCAGUAUCUUCCAUAACAAGUUUAGCAGGAGACAAAGGCCGGCAAAGUUCAGUUGACCAACAGGGAACAGGUGAAAGUAGGCAGGGUGGGCUGAAAGACGGCCAGAGGCAAAGACCGGACAGAGCUGUAUCAUUGUCUUCUUUUUCUAGCUCCUUCUCUACUCCAUCAACCUCUUCCACUUUAACAUUAAAUUCAUCAUCCUCUUCUUCUUCUAUAAGUUUCCGCAUAAGUAGCAGUGGAAAUCCAUGGCAUGCUCGGAGGCUUUCAGCACCUGAUCAAGUUCUGCAUACAAAAGGUAAAGGAACUGUAAGGAAAAAUCAGAAGGACAAGCAGACGUUGCUGUCGUCUUAUUCACAGGCCAAAAAGGCCUCUGUUGGGAGUGAGGCCUAUGAUCCCUUUAAUCCCACAGGAUCCGAUGCGUCAGAAGAUGAGAAUGACAUGCCUGAAAUGAAUAUACAAAGCCCCCCACCCACAGAACAAACUAUGGGGCAAAAUGAAGGUUCUGUACAUGAAAUCAAAACAGAAUCCAUGGACUUGGAUAUGCCUGAGGACAAUGAAAUACCUGAAAUAAAACUGGAAAUUAAAAAGGAGCCAACCUCUCCCAAGGAUGACUUGUGGCCAUCGCCUUCCCAUCAGCCAGCCAUCCUGCUUGCAACUCCAUCUGAGAGUCUUGCUGCUCUUGUGGCAUACAGUGGAAGCCCUCUGGUCUCUGAUGCUGAGGACAGUGAAAAUUCCAAAGGGUCGUUAACAAAAGCUCUGGAUCGUUCAAGAUCUCACUCACCCUCCAGUCACCACAGUGAGCAAAAGAUUAAAAGAGAGGUAAAGGCUGAACCAGACCUUGAAACAUCAUCUGUAAAAUCUACAUCUCCAGUUGUGUCUCAGGUAAGCAAAGGAAAUGGGUUUAUACAUGAACCGUCAUCCAUAUCAGGAAGUUCGAAUGUUAAUCACAAAAGCAAGGAGGAAGAAAUAAGAUCAUCAUGUGUUGGGACAGAAGAGGAGAGGAAGCCACAUUGUGCCUCCAACAGUCCUUCUUUCAAAGGCUCUGAACGGUCUGAUAAACAGAAGAAACACCCGCGGUCUGAAGACCGAAGGCGGUCACGUUCUAGGUCACCGCGCCGCAGACGAUCUCGCUCAAGAUCUAGAGAGCGAAGUCACUUUAGGGACAGAAGGCGUUUAAGUCGCUCAAGCAGCAGCGAAAGCUCUAGAAAGAGAAGAAGAAAAAAUGACAACAAAGAAAAAGACGGACAGAAAACAUCAAAGAAGAAAAGAUACUCUCGCUCACGGUCAAGAUCUCGAUCUAGAUCCAGAUCCAGGUCAAGGUCCAGAGAAAAGAGGAGAGAACGAACACAAACCUCUUCCUCAAGAUCAAGAGAUAGAAAUGAAACAAGAUCAAGAGAUAGAAAUGAAACAAGAUCAAAAAGAAAAAGGUCUAGAUCAAACUCUAGAGACCGGAGACGGAGAGAGAAUGUUUCAGAAGGCCCUCGGCACAGAGAACGGCAUGCCGACAAAAGAGUACUAUACUCUUCUGCUACGGAAAAGGGGUCAACUCACAGUAUUGACAAAAACGUGCCGUCACUGAGGGACGCGCAGACAGGACAAAAUGAAUGUAACACUACGCUCUCAGUUGUUUCAGUUAAAGAGGAGACUGAUUGCAGUAGUCAAGAAAAUCUGCGAUUAAUUGAAGGGCAUGGGAAACAAAUUUCCGAGGAUGUUCUUUCAAUUAGUGUGACACACAAAUCAUGUGGAUCCAAACCGAUUGAAAUCAAAGAAGAAAAAGACUCCCUACUUAGUGAGAUCAAAGAAUCCCAGGUACUAAAAGAUCACCUGACCAAGCAGAUUAAAGUAGAGCAGAUCUGGCCUGAUGAGGAGGAGGACUCCUGCAGUAAUGAUGAUGAUGAUGCUCUUGUGAUUAAUUUAUCUCCACCUGACCCUGCUCCUACAGAUUGUGAAAAGUUCACUGCAUGUGAAUCAACAAACCUGAUCGUGGGGCCAAAGGAGGAAAUGGAAGUAGAACCUCUGCAAGCAUCAUGUCCAGUAAAACAAGAGCCGAUAGACUCUUCAGAUGAAGAGAUCAAUGUGGAUUAUUUGAUUGACAACUUGGACUUCAUUAAGAAGGAGAUGAAAGAUGAGCAAGUAACUGAUGCAGGUACAGUUGAGUCCCAGGUUGAUUUAAACAAAGAGUCAGCAGGGGUCAAACAGGAGAUGGAGCCAGUGUUGGUCAUGGCAGGCACCAAAGCCAAGUCACAGGGUAAACGAGUCACCUGGAAUAUACAAGAGCCAGUGGUGUCCCAGCCAGACAAAAUGAGCAAACUUGCACUAUUUAAAUUAAAGCUGAAGCAGGAAGGGUCACGUAAGACUGCAUCCUCCUCUACUACGCAGAUCACUGGUCAGGUGGCAGUUGCUGGCCAGGGCGUAGCCAAAUCAGCAGCCACCAGCAUCAGUUCUCCAGCACUAGAAGGAACGUCAAACCAGGAGAAAUGUAAAUCACACAAAGAGGAGCUGUUGCAGAAUCCUGAUCAAAAAGACAAGUACAUGAAGAAGCUUCAUAUGCAGGAGCGGGCCAUAGAGGAGGUGAAACUAGCCAUCAAACCCUUUUACCAGAAAAGAGACAUAACAAAGGAGGAGUACAAAGAGAUUUUACGGAAGGCUGUCAAGAAGGUGUGUCACAGUAAGAGUGGUGAAAUUAAUCCAGUCAAGGUGGCCAACCUGGUAAAGGCAUAUGUGGAUAAAUACAAACAUGCGAGGAAACAUCGUGAAGCAGAAGAGAAGCAGAGCGCCCCACAGGUUUUAAAACUUCAGGAUGAUGGACACAGCGUAGUUACUAAUCUGUAAACUUUAGUCCAACUUCUCUAAAGUAACGUAAUCCUAAAGGGCUGUAUAGUUGCAUAUUUAAUGUAAUUCACUGUUAUUCUUUGUGCAAAGGAUAUCACCUCUGUGACUCUACACAAGAAAGGAAUUGGUGACCUGAGUUUGGGUACACUAUUGUCAAUGAGUUAUAUAAUGUUUUUAAUUUUGUCAAACUCAACAAGAUCUGUUUUAAAAGGUUUGAUAGGCAUUAUUAAUAAGCAAAAUCUGAAAUUGCACCACUAAGGUUGCUCCUUUUUCAUAGUUUUGGUUUGCCAACAUUGAGGCGUAUUGUACUACUGUCAUAAACAUUUUAAGACCUGGAAAAAAAAAAAACUUUUCAGAAUAAAGGUUUAAUGAAACCGUAUAUAGAUAUUGCUAAUAUAGAUGUAUACUUAGCACACUUGGGCUUGCUAUAGAUUUAAAUCUGAAAAUUUACACACCAGUUUUGUUAAUAAAAAUGUUUAAUAUGUGUGGUUGUAUAGGAUACUUCAUAUGGCCAAAUAUCCAAACUAGCUCCAGGAUGACUGUGUGUCAUGGUAUUUCUUGAUCACAAUUGAUAAAGGCUUGUCUAGUUUUCCGGUAGACAGGCCUUUAUAAAUGUACUUUUAUAAAAUGUCACUAGGGAGACAUUUAUACUAUUAACUCCAGUUCUAAGAAGCUGAUCUCCAGUGUCCAACCUUUAUCAGCAUCCCAAUUAAUAUUUUUGUCUUUAAUUUUAAGAUUAUUUUACAGCAAAUGAACAGAAAAUUUGAUAUAUUUGUUCAAGAACUUGCGUUUGGUGUUAUAGAUUAAGCCAUCUAGUAUAUUAUUCACCACAGUAUGAAUGAAUUUAUUUCGAUAAACUGAAUAUAAAUCAUGACUUUUUUUUUUUAUUCCCCUCAUUGUGUCUUUUGAAAAUUGCCUGAUAGAUGAUUUGCCAAUUCUGUAUUUAUGUUUUUGUACAGAGAUUUUAAACGUAGUAGAGUACAGAGAGUGGUGUUGCCGUGCAUCAUAGAAAUAAAACUUCUGAACAUUAUUUCUAUAAGCCAAGUAACAAAUUUGUCUUUGGACUUUUAACAAGGUGCUUAUGUUGUCAUUUUCUUCAUGUUAAUUUACACUAAACAUCAGCUACAGUAUUUGGAAUUGGUUAAAAAAAAAAGUUAAAUGACAGGUUGUGGUUUUA